AGAAGAUACAGAUUUCCUGGUUUAAAUUCAAUAUUUCCAUGUUCCGUUUUUAUUUCAAAUAAUAAAUUAAAGAAUACAUCUAAAACACUUUAUAUCUUUAGGAUAUUGUCCAAGAAUGAGUAACUAUAGGUUUUUAAAUAAACGAUGUAGACAUUAAUAAAAUAUUUAAUUCUUUAUAUUGUUAGUGUUCGUUUACAAUUUAGAAUAAUCCUGAGCCAGAAGGGUAUUUCAUUUAAAAUUAAUUGAAAUAAUACUAUAUCAGAAUAAAGGAACAAAAAAAAAAUCGGGAUGAAAAUGUGAGAAAAAACCGUUCAUUAUGGUUGCUCAUAAAGUAACAGAAAUCUCUGGUUCUGAAACUAACAGAGUUUCUAACAUGACACCUGCUUUAACAAGAAUAUGCCAUGCCUUUAGAAACCUUAUGGUUUCAGGCAUUAGUAAAAGUGAAUGGAAGAAGUGUUUACCUGGUCAUAUGAAAUUGUAUGAUGUAUCACACACCAGUCAUACAUAUAGCAGCAUGCCAAAGCAUUCAACAGACAACUUAUUAAAUGGUUAUGCAGUGUUGUCUACUUUACCUCACUCAGGAAUUUCUUUAAAUUUCACGAGACACAACCUUCGCCCUGCCUUGCCUACAGGUUCAGUGAUUGACCCUCUUAUUUCACCACUUCCUUUUUACGACUGUCCUGUGAAAUCCAAUAAAGACGUGUUCCAACUUCCAUUUCAUUCCCCGACUAUUAUCAGCAAAGAAGAUCCUUUAUCUUUUCUUAAUGAGUGGAUUAUUGAGUCCCCUUUGGCAAUACAAGCCAAAAAUAUAUUGAAAAUUAGACGUAGAAAAAUGAACAGACAUCGACUGAAAAAGCUGCGUAAAAGAAUGCGAUUUGUACGGCGCAAGGAGUUGCAUAAACGUCGAAAGAAAAAGGAAAAGCUUUUUCAAGCGAAACUUCAAGCUAAAAUACAAACUGGAAUAGACUUUGAUGCCGAAGAAUUUGUACAAGAUAAAUUGGCCCUUGCUCGGAAGGGAGGUUAUAAAAUUGAUAUAUUUGGUCGGUGAAACUUAUUUCUGAAAUUAGUUUGCUCGUAUGUUUAAUAAAGCUUGUCAUGAAAACUUAUUCAAAA